UGAUGGCAGCGUGAUCAACGGAACAUGUAGUUGAAGCUUUCAAGCAUUCAAUUGUUGAACGUUUGUGUCUGAUUAUCCCGAUUCCCAAGCACAGAGUCACUCUAUGGCGGCGGCGACGGCGGCAUCGUCGUCAUCGUCAUCUACCGCGCCGGCGGUGAGGUCCUGGAGAACUGCAUUUCUGACGUUGAGAGACGAAACAUUGACGACUCCUCCCUCCAUUCCACAACUAGUCCAUUCCCUCGUCUUCUCUCAUCCUCAUUCCUUUCUCAUCUCCGCCGCCCCCGACCUCCCUCCUCACGAGGUUACUUCUGAUCUGUUGUUCCUUGUGGAAUUGAUCCAUGAUGUCUGUCGUUGUGUUUCUCUUGAAAUCAAUUCGUCUUCUUGGGCACUCAUUCUUGAUUCUUUUGCCAAAAUGAUGGAUUGUUUUCUGGGAAAAGCUGGUUUCAGAGCUGUUUCCUCAAAUGCUGCUUUUAUUAAACCAGCUAUGGAUUGCUUGGAAACGUUAAGGUAUCUUGUUGGUGCCCCCCACAGAAAAUACUCCCUGUCAGAUAAUAUUCAACUGGUGAAAUUUCUUCUCCAAAUCACGUCUUGCUCACACACGCACUUGAUUUCAUUUUGCCGUUCAAAUGGAAACCAAAGAUCUGCUUUUGAGGUGGGCAAGAAGUCAUCCAGACACUGUAGCUUAUGGGAAGUUCAGACUACCGUCUUUACCAUGCUUGCUGAUGCAUUUUCAAGAGCUGGUUCUUCUUUUCCAGUUGAAAUUUGGCAAUCAACAAUUGAGGUUCUUAGGAAGAUGACUGAUGUUUUGGUAUCUAAGAACUUGGUCAUGGAAGACAAUGUCAUGUCAAGGUUUUAUGCAUCUCUUCUGCAUUGUCUUCAUUUGGUCCUUGUGGAUCCAAAAUGUUCUAUUUCUGAGCAUGUGUCUGGUCUUGUGGCAUCAUUGAAGAUGUUUUUCAUUUACGGCCUUCCGAGCAGACCUCAACUUUCAUGUCCCCCAGUUGGUCACAAGAGCAAGGAACUUGGUCUACCAAGUCUUAAGUUGAAUCCAGAAGAGCCUAAAAGAACAGAAAAUACUCCAUAUAGGCCUCCACAUUUGCGCAAAAAAGACAACCUAAAUAUGGAGGGUAGAGCUCAGAAUGCUCAGAGUUUGUCUGAUCAUGAAUCUAGUACAGUUGAUGUUACAUCAUCAGAUUCAGAUUAUAGUGACAGUGAUGGAUCACUUAAAGAUGCUGAGAGUGAUAGAAGCUCUAAGGUCAGAAUAGCUGCCAUCACUUGCAUACAGGAUCUUUGUCAAGCUGACCCAAAAUCUUUCACAACUCAAUGGACCAUGCUUUUGCCAACCAAUGAUGUACUGCAACCAAGGAAAUUUGAAGGAACUCUAAUGACUUGCUUGCUAUUUGAUCCCUACUUAAAGGCAAGGAUUGCAUCUGCUUCAACUCUUGUGGCCAUGAUGGAUGGGCCUUCAUCUAUUUUCCUGCAGGUAGCAGAAUAUAGGGAAUCUUCUAAAUGUGGAUCUUUUAUGGCACUUUCUAAUUCCCUUGGUCACAUACUAAUGCAACUUCAUACUGGUACUCUCUACUUAAUCCAGUGUGAAACAAAUAGUCGAUUGUUGGUGUUGGUGUUCAAGAUUCUCAUGCUUUUGAUAUCAUGUACACCAUAUUCAAGAAUGCCACAAGGGUUGUUGCCAAAAGUAAUCACAUCUCUACAAGCAAGGAUUGAACGGGGGUUUCCAUUCAAAGGUGAUCAGACUGGUCUGCUGGCUGCUGCUUUUAGUUGCUUGACUGCAGCUCUAUCUAUUUCACCUUCACACCAAGUCAAUGAAAUGCUUUUGGAAGAAAUAUCAAGAGGUUUUGUUGAGACUGAAAGGAGGUCAGGUGUUCUAUCUACGUUAUUUCUAUAUUCAGAGCACCUAAGCAACCCUACAAUAUGCUUUGAGGCUCUCCAGACCCUUAGAGCUUUGUCGCACAAUUACCCAAACUUAAUGUUAGAAUGUUGGGGAAUAGUUUCUGCCACUGUUUAUACCUUUUUUAAAGAAGCUACUGCAGAAGUUCCGACAAAGUCAUGGAAAGAACACACUGGGAGCACAGUUUGGUUUAUUGGGGAAAAAAUCAUUACAGCUGCUGUAAAGGUUUUGGAUGAAUGCCUCCGUGCAAUAUCUGGAUUUAGAGGAACUGAGGAUCAUUUAGAUGACAAAUCGUUUGAUGCUCCAUUUGUUUCUGAUUGCAUAAGGACAAAAAAAGUAUCAUCUGCUCCCUCAUAUAUACCAGGGAGUCUAGAAGACACUAAAGAAGAACAAAGGGCAUGGCAAUCAGGAAGUGAGCAAUGGGAUGAGACAAUUGAAAAGCAUAUGCCACUCAUUCUAGGGCAUAAUUCUGGAAUGGUGAGAACUGCAUCAGUUACUUGUUUUGCGGGAAUCACUUCCUCUGUAUUUUUCACCCUCAUAAAGGAGAAACAGGACUUCAUCAUUUCUUCUUUAGUUAAUGCUGCCACACGUGAUGGUGUUCCUUCAGUGCGCUCUGCUGCUUGUCGAGCCAUUGGAGUUAUUUCAUGUUUCCAGCAGAUAUCUGAAAGUGCAGAGAUCCUUGACAAGUUUAUCCAUGCUAUUGAGAUCAACACACGUGAUCCCUUGGCCUCGGUGCGCAUAACAGCCUCCUGGGCUUUGGCAAACAUAUGUGAUUCAAUCUGUCACUGUAUUAAUGAUUUUCCUUUAAAACAACCUCCAGGCUCAAGUACAGACUCUCAAUUAUUGAAAUUGUUAAUUGAUUGUGCUCUUCAUCUAACAAAGGAUGGGGACAAGAUCAAAUCAAAUGCUGUAAGGGCUCUUGGAAAUCUUUCUAGAUUUGUGAAAUUUACGGAUUCUCCAACUUAUGGUCUGUUGAGUAAACCAGCCGAAAGUACAGGAUUAUCUUCAACUAUCAAUAAUGUUCAUACACAGCCGGCAAAUAGUGGUUUAAAAGAUUGUCAUCCACAUGUAGCAAAAUCAUUUGAUCCAGUGACAUUAGGAGAUUCACAUUUGCUGGAGAGAAUGGUGGAAGCGUUUCUUUCCUGCAUUACCACUGGAAAUGUUAAGGUGCAGUGGAAUGUCUGUCAUGCAUUGAGCAACCUGUUUCUGAAUGAGACAAUACAACUGCAGGAUGUGGAUUGGGCUCCAUCUGUUUUUAGUAUUCUACUAUUACUACUACGUGAUUCUUCAAACUUCAAGAUUAGGAUACAAGCUGCUGCUGCUUUGGCAGUACCGGCAUCAGCAUUUGAUUAUGGGAAAAAUUUCUCAGACGUUGUCCAAGGUCUGGAGCAUGUAAUGGAGAAUCUAGGUUCUGACCAAAUUUCAGAACCAUCAAGUUUCAAAUAUAGGAUUGCACUUGAGAAGCAGUUAACCUCAACCUUGUUGCAUGUUCUUAGCCUGGCUUCGGCCACCGAUCAUCAACCUUUGAAAGAUUUUCUUGUGAAGAAAGCCUCCUUUCUUGAGGAGUGGUUUAAGAAGCUAUGCUCAUCAUUGGAGGAAGCAGGUGCUCAGCUUGAUGUUGAACGACAAUCCAUUGGUAACCAAAAGAAAGAGAUGAUCUCCAAAGCUCUGCGAUCAUUAAUUGAGGUUUAUAAAGGCAGGAACCAUCAUACAAUUGCUCAGAAAUUUGAGAAGUUGGAUUGCAGCAUGCAGUAACCUAAAUGACUUGUGUCCAUUUUAUGUGGUUGGUCAGUUACUUUCUGCUUCCUUGCUGGGAUAAUCUUGGCAUCAAGUUCUCCGAGGAUUGACAUAUGCUCAGUCCAAGGACAUCUGGUAAAGUUUUAAGGAAAUAAAUCCUUUAGAUACAGAAAAGUUCUCCCAUUCUCUUCUGUAAGGGGAGAAGGUGCGAGGAGGAUGGGUGUCGUGAAGCCACUCUGCUUGUGUGGAGGCCCCAGGAAAAUGCAUUCGGCAAGGUGCAGUUGAGUGUGGGAUUCCCCAAUAGUACAUGGCUUGUUUGUUCUGUUGGUAGAAUUAAAUGUGAAUUAGAUGACAGGCCUCCUACUGUCCGUAAAAAAUUAUGAUGCUUUGCCAGUACCCUUGGUAGGGCAUGUUGUGGUAGAUGAGGACUCGAUGUCCUAAUUUUAGUGUCCAUCCAUAUCAUGCAAUGUAAAUUAGGGAAUUAUAGUGAUUACCAUUUACCAAGGGCUCAUACUCGGAACUUUGUAUGAGAUUUUAUUUAUGGUUUCAAAAAUGAAAAAUAAAAAAUAAAACUUUUAAAUUUCU